ACCACUGUCUCUUUCUCACUUUACGAUUGUACUAAGAUUUCUGUCUCAAAAUGGCAACAUCGGUGAAGAACAACUUCAUCAACCCAGCAUUGGUCUCAAAUCUUCAACAAGCACUCGUCCGCAGGAAGGACAGUGUGCAGGAGCAGCACCAGAACAGAACCCACGAACCUCUCAGAGCUUCUUCAAAGCCCGUGGUACUAGUCACCAAUGGAGAAGGCAUAGACUCUCUUGGCCUCACUUUCCUCGUUGAAGCACUCCUUCGUAAUGCCCUUCUUGAUGUCUAUGUCUGCGCCCCAGAAUCGGAUAGAUCGGUGUGUGGUCACUCAGUUACCACUAAGGAGACGCUAGCUGUGUGUUCAGCAGAAGUUGGUGGUGCCAAUGCUUAUCAAGUGUCAGGAACCCCAGCAGAUUGUGUGUCUUUGGCUUUAUCUGGGGCAUUGUUUUCUUGGUCAAAACCUAUUUUGGUAAUUAGUGGACUAAACAAAGGAGCAACUUGUGGUUAUAACACGUUGUACUCUGGGGCAGUUGCUGGGGCUAGAGAGGCACUGAUUUGUGGUGUGCCAUCUCUUUGUAUAUCAUUGAAUUGGGAAAUGAAUGUGAGCUGUGAAAUUGAUUUGAAGGAUGCAGUAACAGCAUGUUUACCAUUAAUUCAUGCAGCUAUAAGAGAUAUACAGAAAGGGAUUUUUCCCAAGAAUUGCUUCCUAAAUAUAGGGAUCCCAAGUAGUCCACUGAGAAACAAGGGUGUCAAAGUGACUAGGCAAAGUCCACAAAGGUCUUCUUUAAGUUGGCAAGCUGUGUCAGCAAAUAGGAAUCCUUCAGCAGGCCAUUACAUGUCUAACCAGCAAAGUCUUGGAAUCAUGUUAGCACAACUAGGAAGAGAUGCCUCUGCUGCUGCAGCAGCGCGUCGAAUAAACUCGAAUCGUAAGAAUGUGGAGAUUGAAUCUGUUGGUGUUUCUGGAAAGCUCAAUUCUCAACAAACCGUGAAGAAAUACUUCCGUAUGGAGUUAACAGAGAAAAUGCAGCAGAACAUAGAAGAGGAUUUAGACUCCACAGCACUUGAAGAAGGAUUUGUUACAGUUACCCCUUUGUCAUUGUAUGCAAAUGGACAGAUUGAAAUUCAAUCAUCAGUAUCCAACUGGUUAGCUAUUGCACUCAGUGGUGAUCAAUGA